CAGGAAGAAUCCCAGUUCUGCUGCAGCAGGGCAGAGCCAUGAGGCUCUCAUUUUUAUGAAUCCUCUGGUGGUUGUUUCUCUCCUCUAGAGAUAUUUGGGUCAUCACAACAAAUUCCUGUACUGCACAUGGAGCCAUGCUGAUGGUCAUCUUUGUUUCCUUUCCUAACAGACCAGCGAGCCUAACACCUUCCAUUAGUUCCCAAGUAUCUUGAAAUAGUUGAUACCAGAAGUUUUUUCCAGCCUCAAAAGGCAAAUGUGGGUGUUCUAUUUGACGGCUCUCCCACCAUAUCGGCAUAUAUAAUUCCUUGCAUCUUUCUGCAGGGGUCACAUAUCACUUUUCACAUUAAAAGGCAGUAUGAUUUUUUUUUUUUUAGUAUUUAAAUGUCAGCAUUCUCUUUGCUGAGGAAAACAUAUUUUUGAUGGGGUAUUUUGUUGCCUAUAUCAGCCAGGUUUGUCAAAGAUCUCAGAUCCCCUCAGCCCCUACAGUGCUGUAUUAAGUCAAAAUAAUAAUAACAGGUUGUUCUUGCCUGGGGUUUUGUUUGCUUGCUUGUUUGGGGGGAUUUGUGGUUUUUUUGUAGUGGUACCUGUCUGUACUAAAGGGUUGAGUUUUUUUAAUUUUGAGUACUAUAUCAAACACUUUAAAUGCUGCCUUUUUUUGCACCCCCCACAGUGGAAAGGGUCUUUAAUCUGUCUAGUGGAGGUAAAUGCAGGGAAAGAAGGGAUAACAGUUUCAAUAACAAGGUUAAAAUACCCAAAGGAUAAUUUGAAAAUGCAUCUGAUGUUGAAUCACUUGUGUUGCUAGUUUUCAAAUUAUAAUUUGUAAUGAGAACAGUACAGCUUAAGGAGAUGUGGUAUGAAUGUAGCCUAGGAACUUUCAAAUAUUCUGUAAGUCCAGCUUUCUUUUUAUAGAGUCAUUCAGAAAGCAGCACUGUUCUCUAUAAAAAUGCUCUGUAAAUUGCAGUACUCUUAUCUUGCAGCCCUUUUUGAUUGAUGCUCCUGAAGCAUUGGGCUUUACUGUCAUUAAUGUGAUAUUUUAAACAGAAGUACUGCAUGUGUAUGGUCACGAAAGAUUCUCUAUUUUCUGUGUGAACAGGGCUGUUGGCCCCUUUGCCCUGCAAGCUUCCAUUUGCAUAAACAGCAUACCUUGCAGUAAGUUCAGUCUUUGCCUGAUGACUGGGCACUGAAUAACGUUGUGCACAGCAGCUGCUCGUGCCCCUGACCUCAGCUGGCCGGCAUUCCUGCGAGGAGCAGCGCGUUCCGUAAAUACAAACACGGCAUGGCUGACAAGCUGCCUCAGGCUGAUCAGCUGUGCCAGACCUGCAGCGGGGCUAAGAGGGAAUUCAUGCUUUGAAGGCUUCCAAGCAAAAGCUACAAUUGCCAUAUGCAAUGGACACUGAUCUCAGUUCCCAGGACAGGAAGGACCUGGACAAGUUCAUCAAAUUUUUUGCUUUAAAGACAGUACAAGUAAUUGUCCAGGCCCGACUUGGAGAGAAAAUCUGUACCCGCUCAUCAUCCUCCCCAACAGGUUCUGACUGGUUCAAUUUGGCAAUCAAAGAUAUACCAGAGGUUACUCAUGAAGCAAAGAAAGCCCUGGCAGGACAGCUGCCUGCUGUUGGACGGUCUAUGUGCGUGGAGAUUUCUCUCAAAACCUCAGAGGGGGACUCCAUGGAGCUGGAAAUUUGGUGUCUGGAAAUGAAUGAAAAGUGUGACAAAGAAAUCAAAGUUUCAUACACUGUAUACAACAGGCUGUCUCUAUUGCUGAAGUCUUUGCUUGCUAUAACCAGAGUAACUCCAGCCUACAGACUCUCUAGGAAACAAGGCCAUGAAUAUGUAAUAUUGUACAGGAUAUAUUUUGGUGAAGUCCAGCUGAGUGGCUUGGGAGAAGGUUUCCAGACAGUCCGUGUUGGGACAGUGGGUACCCCAGUGGGCACCAUCACUUUGUCUUGUGCCUACAGAAUCAACCUUGCUUUCAUGUCAACCAGGCAGUUUGAGAGGACCCCUCCUAUCAUGGGGAUUAUAAUUGAUCACUUUGUGGACCGUCCCUAUCCCAGCUCUUCACCCAUGCAUCCCUGCAAUUACAGAGCUGGUGAGGACAAUGGUGCAGUAUACCCCUCAGUAGAAGAUUCCCAAGAAGUGUGUACCACAUCUUUUUCCACCUCUCCUCCAUCUCAGUGUGUUUUUACUGUCACAAAGGCACAUUUUCAGACCCCUCCUCCUGUGGUGACGGACACCUUGAAGGUCCCAGUGAUGGGGCUGGCCUUUUCACAUCAACUUUCCAGCUCACGUCUUUCCUAUCAGCCUGCUGCCCUGGCAGUUGGAUCAGCUGACAUGGGGUAUCCUGUACUCUUUGCUGGUGGUUUGAAUGCUGCACACCCUCACCAGCUGAUUGGUCCAGGCAAAGAAGGGGGAGUUCCCCCAGUUCCUAGCCAGCCAGCACAUGGCACUCAAGCUGACCAAGAGAGGAUGUGCACCCCACUGGAGGGAGUCCAUUACUCAGCAGCUACUCCUUCUAGCAGUGAGGAUACAGAAACAGUAUCCAACAGCAGUGAAGGAAAGUGUGGCUCCCCACAUGACCUUUUGGAGACCAUCUUUAUCCGGAAGGUGGGAGCUUUUGUCAACAAACCCAUUAACCAGGUGACCAUGGCCAACUUAGACAUUCCUUUUGCCAUGUUUGCUCCCAAGAAUGUUGAGCUGGAAGAUAACGACCCCAUGGUCAAUCCUCCUGAAUCCCCAGAAACGGAAUCUCCUCUACACGGCAGCUUACACUCAGAGGGCUCCAGUGGCAGCAGCACAGGGAACACCCACGAUGACUUUGUUAUGGUCGACUUUAAACCAGCAUUUUCAAAAGAUGACAUUCUUCCAAUGGACCUGGGGACAUUUUACCGUGAAUUUCAGAACCCCCCUCAACUCAGCAGCCUCUCCAUUGACAUUGGAGCACAGUCCAUGGCAGAGGAUUUGGACUCGUUACCAGAGAAGCUGGCAGUCCAUGAGAAAAAUGUCAAAGAAUUUGAUGCUUUUGUGGAAACCUUGCAGUGAAGCUGUUUCCCAGUUCUGCUGCAGCAAUUCUUCCUCCCCAAGGCAUCCUGGAGAUGACAUCGACAGAUAUCUCUAUUGCCCCUGCUCUGCCUUUUGUUCACAUUGACUAGUUCCCUCCAUCAAGUGAGCUUUCUUUUCUCUCUUCAAUGACAGAUACAGCUCAGCUGCUGAUUCUCCUCAACUUUUCCACCACAUAGUUCUGGACUGCUUUUCCUGCUCACAGUCAGUUUUAAGACUUCAGUAGGGACACGGGAAGUCAAACCUCAGUGUAUGGAAACUUACUUUCUCUUCAGUCUGUGUUCUGUAUGGAGGGGCGUUGUGGAAAGUUGCCAUAUGCUUCCUCCAAGGGUCCUAUGGUGUAAGUUUCCUAGGUAGAGCUUCUUGCUAACAGACUUUUUCCUGCAGUCUCUGAUCCUGUUAGAGCAUAGAAAGCUUUGGCUUAUUUCCAGGGUCUGUGAGUUCAGCAAAUUCAACUGUUUGAAGUCCAUUCCACAGAACUGGGCAUUUCAUCCUGACUUCAGAGUGCGUGCUUGGAGCACAGGGAGAGACGUCAGCAUUGGGACCUGCAUAAUCCAAGUUACCUUUGUUUUCCUGCUUCUAAGGAAUUGGGUCUCUACACUGUGCAAGACCCUCUGUUAGGUGGCUGAUAAGCAGGAGUGAAACUGCAGGAAUGCUUUCCACAUUUCCUUCCCGAGUGCACGGACACUCGGCCAUGCUGAGUUUAACAGUGUUGACUGUUGGCAAGCCUGCACGUAGCAGCUGUGAUGAUGCUGAAUUCAUAGUCUCUGCUUUUGAAACAUAACUGUAAAUACUAGGAAUCCUAUUUCUUUAGGGUUAUGUAACUAGGAGUCUUAGUCCAAGAUUUUUUCCUCUAAUCCUUGCAAACCUUCCUGCUUUAUGGUUAAUAGAUGAUCUUAAGAAUUAAAAAAUAUUUAUUGCUUUUAAAGAAACCUAUAUUUAAAAGAUGUUCUGUUUUCAUGUUAUAGUGCGGGUCAUUCUGUCCUGAUCACUGCAGAGAGCAAGUGUGCCAUGGAACCCUAGCCAGUGAGGCUAGUCUCUCUUUGCAAGAAAAUAUCAAAGAUAUUUAUUUUCUAAGACAAACUUAAUUAAUAUUAUACUCUGUUUGGGGGACUGUGUGUCCAUUACAUCCAGCCAGGGCUCACUGAUAAAAUGAAAUGCACACGUCAGUGGAAUGGAGUGGCAGGGAUUUGGUAAAAAGCUGUUUUCUGAUAGGCAUGGAUGAAUUUGUAGUGUUCUUUGGCCAUUCAGAAAGCAGCUUCUUUAAAGAAGCACACUUUUUUGGGAAGCUUAUGGUACUUUUUAAUCAGCUGGCUUUUGAGUAGCUGAAAUUUUAUUUUUGUAAUAAUCCAGCCACUGACAGUGUGACUGGCUGGAAUUGCUCUGUGGGUGAUUUGGCUGUUGCAUGUCUUCUGCCUCAUGCAAGGAUGGGAGGAGAAACAGUGACACUAAACAGAAACUUGGAUAAGGUGGGGUUUCUUGUGGUUCUCUCUCUUCCUGCCCCAUGUAACUGGAGUGUGUAACUGCAAGACCCCUUACUGUCCAAAACCACUUUUUUUCCCCCUAGUUUCUUUUAAGUGGAGUUGUGUUGCUUGAGGACUGAGAAACCAUCUUCAUUUCCUCAGAGUGGCUGAGUAACCAGCCUUCUAGUUGGUGCAAUGUGGCAGCUUCAGCUUAGCUGCAUUCUUCAUUGGAAGAGAUUGCCUGCAGCUGAUGAGGGAACCCCAGCUCCACUCUGGGACACUAUUUCUGUGUCACUGCUGGAGCAAGGAGCCAAAUUCACAGCAGCUUACUUUAAGGCCAGAGCAAAGUGAUGCUUUGAAGUUUACGAGAAUUUUUAUUGAGAGAUGUGUUUGGUGGGAGGCCUUGUAAGUUCUAAAACUCCAGGUAAGAGCUUCAUUGAAGGAAAAUUACCCACCAGAACCUUUUUAUUUUACUCAACUGAUUCAACUUCUUAGCAACCUCACAUGGAAAUUGCUUUGUCCAUGCAAAGAUGCAGAAACAUUUAAGAAAGGUUCCAAGAUGAAACAGUUUGUAACAGGACUUCAGUUACACAGGCUGUAACAAAUACUUGUUACCCAUCCAAAAGCCACCUUGUUUCACAAGUGGGAAGGGUCACAGAAGGGUGCAGAACAAGGAAAUAAUGGAUCAACUGCCUCUCACCUGUGCUCAGGAAGUUGGUCUGCCACUUUGUAGGAAGUAGUUUGUAGACAGGUGGUUGUGAACUUUAGUCUCUGAAGUGAUACAAUCUGGGCUGCAGAGCAGCAGACAGGAGGCAAAGGGCUGGUUCACACCAUAUGAAUAGAGAAUAGUUGAGGUUAAAGUUCAUCUAGCCAGCCCUCCUGCUGUGCUCUUCUGCUGACAAGCUGUGGAGCUGGCAGGGAGCACUGCCAUUCUUGUUAACCCACCCAGGAGGUCAGGGCUUGUACUUGUGCUCCUUUAUUGUGGGAGUUCCUAACAUGGCUACAGCUCUCACAUCUCAUAAGGCAAAAUGGCACUGUGGCACAUUUCCUCCUCUUCAAAAGGCUGGAAAAUUGCCUAUAUAAGUGUUGAGCUGGAUGGCCACAGCAAUAAGAGAGCCUCCAGGGCUGAGUUACCUGCCUCUUCUCUGGACAGUCUUCAGUUUUAACACAUGGCUGCUACAUCUAGGCCCUGAGUUCCCUGACCACUGCACAAAUGCUCUGCUGCUGUGGCCUGCCACAGAUUGUAUUAUGAAGGCUGUUUAUUUCAGCAGCUCUCUGCUCUGCUGAAUAUUAAGGACAGUAUCUAUGUAGCUGCUGAUUUACAGAUACUUUGGGUGGAGGGGAAGGUUCCUCAAGUGUAUUAUUUUGGAAAGUCUCCAGUGUACUUCAAGUAUUCAAAGAAUUUCCAAUAAAACUUUUGUGUAAGCA